AGUCAUCGAGCUGUGAAGGAAGUGCGAGGGAGUGAGCGCUCUGGAGAAAACAGCUGUAGAGAAAGAUUCAAACUGUCUGCAGAGAAAAAGCAUUCCUGCAUUUAGAAAUGCAGCGUUGACCAGAUAACUGUUGAGAUUAUCGAUCUGUGAGGACUUUCAAAAGUGAAGGAAUUGGAUACAGAGGGGAAAGGAAAUAAAGAGGGAAGAGCCAGAAUACAAACGGAGCCAAAGGAAAUCUAGAGGAAAAGAAGAGGAGGGGGUUGAGACUCAGCUGUGAAAACACUUCUGGACCAAGAUGGAGGUCUACACUGUAACCGUAGCAACUGGUACAUCAGAGUAUUCAGGCACCAACAACUACAUCUAUGUCACCCUGGUGGGGGAGAAAGGGGAGAGUGAACACACUCUGCUGGACAACCCCGGAUUUGACUUCUGUCGUGGAGCAGUGGAUCAGUACAAGGUGACCAGCCCUUCACAUCUAGGCUCCCUGCUACUGGUCAGACUGGAGAAACAGAGGUACUGGUUGGAAGACAACUGGUUCUGUCGCUAUGUCACGGUGGAGCCUCCGGGUGGAGAGAAAGUGCUGACUUUCCCGUGUUACCGCUGGCUGAUAGGAGACAUCAAGGUGGAGAUAAGAGAGGGAACAGCGAAGAUGCUGAGGGAUGACACGUUACCCCAGCUGCUGGAACACAGGAAGACAGAGCUGCAGGAGAGAAAGGCGGCUUACAGAUGGGUGACGUGGGGCCCAGGGAUCCCCAGAUGUAUCGACGCUAAAUCUGAAGCAGAUUUACCCCAAGAUGUCCGCUUUGACAACGAGAAGAGGAGCGAUUUUGAACAUUCAUUACAAUAUGCCCUGAUGGAGUUGUCUCUGAAGAAGCUGGCCAUCAGGUUCGGGAAGUCCUGGAGCGACCUGGACGAUUUCAAACGGAUCUUCUGGAAGCUGCGGAGCCCCAUAGCUGAGUACUGCAUGGAGCACUGGAAGGAGGACCGGUUCUUUGGCUACCAGUGUAUGAACGGCUCCAACCCAAGGAUGGUCCAGAGGUGCAAGAAGCUGCCAGAGAACUUCCCUGUGGUACCAGACAUGGUGCAGAGCUCCAUGGCUCCCAGGACCAACCUGCACAAAGAACUCAAGGCAGGUAAUAUCUACCUGUUGGACUACGCCAUCAUGGAUGGGGUUCCCACCAACACAAUCAGGGGCAAACCUCAGUUCAUCGCUGCUCCACUCUGUCUCCUGUACCAUCACCCAGAUGACGGACUUAUACCUAUUGCUAUACAGCUGGACCAGACUCCGGGCCUGGACACGCCCAUAUUCCUGCCCAGAGACCCGCCCCUGGCCUGGCUUUUGGCUAAGAUGUGGGUGCGUCACUCUGAGUUCCAGGUGUUCCAGCUGCUGUCUCACCUGCUCAGGACUCACCUGGUGAUAGAGGUGUUUUGUGUGGCUACUUUGAGACAGCUGCCUGCUGUGCACCCUAUAUAUAAGCUCCUGGCCCCUCAUCUGCGUUACACUCUAGAGAUCAACUGCAGGGGGCGCACUCAGCUCAUCUCACCCAAUGGCAUCUUCAAAAGGGUUGUGUCCACGGGUGGGGACGGCCUGAUGGUUCUGGCUCAGAGGGAGUACAAGGUGCUGACCUACCGCUCCCUCCAGCCUCCCAAUGACUUCACUGACAGAGGCGUCUCCAAGCUCCCAAACUAUUUCUACAGAGAACACAGUCUGAUGCUGUGGGAGGCCAUACUCAGUUUUGUCUCAGGUAUGGUAAACAUGUACUACCAGUCAGACAAUGAUGUGCAGGAGGACCUGGAGCUCCAAGCCUGGAUCAGAGACAUAACACUGGAAGGCUUCACAGAACUCCCCAACUUUGGUCUGCCCAGUAAGCUCAGCACCAGAGAGGAGCUCUCCACCCUGCUGUCAGUGGUCAUCUUCGCCAGUACAGUCCAGCACGCUGCCACCAACAACGGACAGUUUGACUGGUGUGCCUGGGUCCCCAACACCCCCUGCACCAUGAGGCACCCCCCACCAACAGACAAGGAUGCGGUCACCAUGGAGAUGAUCAUGGCCAGCCUUCCUGAUGUCAGCCAGUCCUGUGUGCAGAUGGCUAUCACAUGGCAUCUGGGGCGAGCACAGCCGGACGCAAUCCCGUUGGGCCAAUACACAGAGGAGUACUUCUCGGAGGGGCGGGCCCAGGAGCUGAUUGACAGGUUCAGAGCUGAGCUGAAGGAGAUUGAGAAGCACAUCGUGAGUCAGAAUGAAGGACGUGGGCUUCAGUACCUGUUCCUCCUGCCCAGCCGCAUAGAAAACAGCAUCACCAUAUAGAGAGACUGAGAGACUACACACAGGUUCUGUGAGGUAUGUGGUAGUUUGGAGCAGACCUGGCGCCUCUGAGAUUUUUUCAGUUGAUAAUUGUAAAACAAUAUUUAAAUUGCAUCUACUGUGAUUUACGGAAACCCUGAGAGGAAAGUGAGAAACCUUUAUACACUGUAAACAAAAGAGUUUUAAUUUACAUAUUUUUUUAUUUACAUAAUUUGCAAAACACACAAUAUUUGUUCUUUGUGUUUAGAGUGCAUAUUAUAAAUUAAAACUUACCUGGAUAUAAACCUGAAUGCUUCUAGUCCUAUUUAGGUUGUGGUGCACUUCAGCUUCUUGUGGCCGAAGUGAGUAUUACAACAACAAACACUGAUGAUUCUGACAAAGAAAAAUAGUUCACCUGUUUUUUUCACUUACCUAUCAGGGCUUCCUUCGUAAAAACAUUUUUUAAAAAUGUGUAAAAAAAAAAAAAAAAGUUUUCUUUGUAUGAAUAUCAGAUAAUUUAUGAUUUGUAUGACAUGUUAAAUUGAACAGGCUGUGUGUCUGAAUGUCCACCAGAGGCUGGUUGGUUGUGUCAACCAAACAUCAACGCCAUAAUCCCCACAUCUGCCACAGUAUUUUUUUUUACGCAUUGUGUUCAUAAUUGUAAUACGAAAUAUACCACUUUUAGUUGAAUGCUGGAGACGUAGGAUUGCUUCUGUUUAGGAAAACUUAACAUUGGGUGGUCAACAGGGAAGGGGAUCAAAGGUCAUGGACCAGGAGUCAGUGGUCAGUCGAAAGGCCAAGGAGGGAAUUUACCAUGACAACAGCGGCUGAAAACUCAAACACAUGUUGAGUUAAGCUCUUUUUGUCGAGCUAAACAUGGAUUCCUUUUGUCAGUGCAUUCUUUGGAUUAUAUUAUAUAGCCAAUAUUUUCAU